UUUUUCAUCCUCUCCUCUCGCGAUAGAGCGGCGGAGCGGUUUGACGGGCAGUCGAGGUUGCAGCAGGCAGAGGGAGACGGUGGAAGGUAAAGCAGGGAGGCAGCAUCAUGGCGGACAGAGACAGUGGCAGUGACCACGGAGGGCCCACCGCAGGCCCCGGCUCGCUGCCUCCGGGCGCGAUGGGCGCCAUGUCCCGGCUGCAGCACGACACCGAGGAGCUCGCCUCCAAGCGCGUCGACAUCCAGAACAAGCGCUUCUACCUUGACGUGAAGCAGAACGUUAAAGGCCGCUUCCUAAAGAUAGCCGAGGUCGGGGCUGGGGGAAACAAGAGCCGCCUCACUCUCUCCAUGUCUGUCGCCGUGGAGUUCCGCGAUUAUCUCGGGGACUUUAUCGAACAUUACGCCCAGCUGGGCCCGACCAACCCGGACAUUGUGCAGGAUGAGCCCCGGCGGGCGCUCAAGAGCGAAUUCCUGGUGCGGGAGAAUCGGAAAUAUUACAUGGAUCUGAAAGAGAACCAGAGGGGGCGGUUCCUGAGGAUUCGACAGACCGUUAAUCGGGGGCCCGGAUUGGGAAGCGCGCAAGGCCAGACCAUCGCUCUGCCGGCGCAGGGGCUCAUCGAGUUCCGCGACGCUUUGGCCAAACUCAUCGACGACUACGGCGUGGACGAGGAGCCGGCGGAGCUCCCGGAGGGCACCUCGCUGACGGUCGACAACAAGCGCUUCUUCUUCGACGUGGGCUCCAAUAAGUACGGGGUCUUCAUGCGGGUUAGCGAGGUGAAGCCCACAUACCGGAACUCCAUUACGGUCCCCUGCAAAGUGUGGUCCAAAUUCGGCAACACCUUCUGUAAAUACGCGGAGGAGAUGAGGAAGAUCCAGGAGAGGAGUCGAGAGAAGCGGGCCUCCGAACUGCUACCUGAGGGCCCGCACGGCGGAGAUGACGGCGACGAUGACUGACGCGGAUGUUGGGACAAGCUGAGACGAAACAACCGAGACGAAGCUGAACUCUGAGAGAAAACCAGACUUUUAACUGUAAAAUAGAAAGAGAAAUUCCAAGGGAAUCACCCCACACACACAACCUCCACAGACAUGACAGCUGCUCUGCUGUCUCCUCGCUCAUUUGACUGGAUGUCACCCCACUUACCACCCAUGUAACAGUAAGCCGCUGCUAUCAAGGAUUGAACUGUAAGAUAUGAACUGUUUCCUACUUGAUUUAAAUGACAAUGAACAGAGUGUUUAUAUCUCUAUCAAUGACAGAUUUUGCACACAUCAAAGCUAUUUCGAGAGAAAAAAAAUGUUUAAAUGUUUUCAGACUGGUAAUAUACUAAGAUUUAAUCAAAAUAAAACCAGAGGUCUAUUAUAUAAAAUGACAGUCUUCAUGUAGAACGAAUAUUUGACAUCAGCACAAAGAGAAUAUAUUAUGGACUUUAUGAAACCAAAAUCUGAUACCAGAUGUAGGCCUAUAGUUUAUUAUAAAGGUACGCAGAAUAAAUAUGAAAGCGCUCUAAAAGUGUAUGAACGCAGCACUACAGGCCUGUAAACUCCUGUCAGCAUGCGUGUAGGCUCGUGUUUUGAAAAGAAGUUGGCAAAGUAGGCUAGAGUCUUUAAUUUGACCUGAAACGUAGUCGGCUACCGAAAGCAUUUCUGUCAUGCCAUUAUGGAAAGGUUGAGACUCAAAACUAAAAAGCCUAUUUUGUGCGCCUCAAACAAGCGGGAUAGUCUGAAGCUAUCUCUGAGCUACUCUAUUGAAUAUCAACCCUCUUGCACCAUGUCCAUAUAAACUUAAAUGAAAAAAGUGCUAACUUAGAUGUACUAAUUAUGAUUUUGUGAAUCAGCUGUAAAAAAAAAUCCUUAUUAAGAUACCCACGUUUUCUGUGGGUUAAGUUUUUUCUUUGUUACUUUGUUGUUUUUUCCUCUGGGGGGGUGGGGGAUGCUAAAGGAUGAGGUCCACCUGUGGGGGCGCCAGGCGCGGAAACAAACUAAAAAAGACGCGUCAGCGCAGCGCGCGGUGAGGUAACGCAUCCUCUCUGACGUCAUUACGACCCGUGCCUUAUACACUCCACUCGUUUACGUGUUCUCACGUGGAUGGUCUGUGACCUCGACCGCUGUACGUUUUCAUUUACGAGUGCUGUUAUGUAGGCAGAAAUAUAUACUCACCAGGGCUGUGGGUUCACGCCCUGCAGUGCAUGGAGCAUGCGUGGCAACACCAAAAGUACGCUGAAAGGCUGCUGGGAGCUUGAGGGGGGCGAUGGUGGGGGCGUCUAGAAGGUGCUGGGGGGCCGUGGGGCCGGACAGCGUUACAGCAGCCUGGACCCUGAAUCCCCAGCAGCUCCCCUGGCUGGUCGUCCUCCCACAGAGCGACUGUGUCUCUCUGGAGUCAGACCCAGGACUGACUGUGAGCAUGGAGGAUGUUACUGGUGGCUUUGCACACCAUAUGCACCAUGAUGUUGAAAAAACAAAAACAAAAAAAAACAGCAGCAACAAAAAAAACUGAAUCAGGAGCGGCUGGUUGAGGUUAUUCGUCAGAGCAGAGAUGGAAGCUGUUCCAGAGCCAGGCAGCCAGCCGGCCGGCCCCAUGCAGUCAGUCUGAGUGCAGUCCAGUGGAUGUAGAGGCCCGUCGAUGCAGGGCCGAGGCAGUGUCUAUCUCUAUUUAUGGUGCUACAGCCCCUCGAUCGCUCCUUGGGGGCCUCGCCGCUCAGAAUAUGUCACUUUUGCAUUAUUGUUAUUCUGAUGCUCUUUUUUCUUUAUCCUCCACGUUAUGUUGUCCGAAGCGUGUCAGGUUUCUCCCUCCCAGCCAGAGACGAAGCCACUGACGAGUGGAGGACGUUUCAUAUUAGUGUGCAAUAUUGUGUACGUGCCAAUCGUGGCAUUGUAUCACGUGUACAGACUAUUAAAAAGACGAAAAAAUGUAUAGGCUAUGUGAUCAGUAGAUGUUUGAAAGCAUGACAACGAGGCUGAUGCAUCUGCAUUAUAUUUUCCGAAAUGUGAAGACUUUCUUCUCAAGCACUUGCUCUCCAAGUGAAAAAAGUCAAACUAGUAGUAAGGUAUCUUUUUUCCUGUCAUUCUGUAAAACCAGUAGGCUGCCUUGUCCGUCUUUCAGUGCGCGUAGACUAGUUCGGGUGUUGUACGUCCCCCUGCGGAGUCACCCCAGAGAAAAACCCUUCCCUCCCCUGCAGACACAACACAGUCGACAGCCUCCGACUGUCUCCAUGUCAGUCCUCAGCUGUGGCCUACACUGAAGCUCAACAGUAUCUUGGUGCUUGAGUCCAAAGGUGGCUGACAAACACACACACACUCAUACAGUCUCCCCCUGUCGAGGCCUCUUGUUGCUAUCUGAGUGUUUGGGAGGCCUCUAAAGUAUUCUGAAUGGUGUCGAGAGCUGCACAAGGCCUCCUGUCAUUAGAAGCCAGGAACCUUGUGUGUUUGGAGCCUGAGUGCGACCGCUUCUCUCGCCUGGGACCGUCGAUCGUCAGACAGGUGAACUGCGAUUUGGCUUUUUUGUUUGUGGUUUCACUUGAGCCGGGCGAUAGCGAUCCGCUGCAGCAGAGCCAAAGGACAGAGGAGUUUGUUGUUGUUUUUACAAUGAGGAUCAAAAUCCUUCUCUCUGGUGUGGGCUGAUCUCAGAUCUACUUCUCUUUCCCAGCUCGGGCUUCAAAGCAUAGAAAAAGGCCCUGACUCACUGUCUGUGUAUGCGUCACUUUGGAUACACGGUCCAUCCUUUCAUUUUGACCCGACUGACCUUUGGGCUUAAUGACCUUCAAGUGUUUAGUUCAUUAAUCAGGCUUAUUCAAAGCAGGUUAAGCUAAAGCGAAGCCUAGUCUCAGUGGGAUAACAUCCAGCUGACAUGAUGGGGAAACACAUGCAGUUUUAGAGGCCUCGGCCAGACAAACGUGGCAGUUCCAGCCUGGUCCGACCAGACCUGAGGUGAGACUGAAGCAGAAUCCCCACCAGGGCUAAAAAGAGAAAAAAGGUGUCUGGAAUUUUAAACAACUAAAAGUUGAUCUGUGUUCGAUUGGUCAUGCCAGUUGCAACAGAGGCAGAAGCAAAAAUGUCCCAGAAAAUCCCAUCUGUUCCACGCAGGACUUUUUAGGCCCAGGUUUGUGUCGGAGUGACGGUGAGGCCAGAUGAAGCCUGGCACUGCACUGUGGGGGCUUCACCAGCAGCAGCCCACCUCCACCUCCUGACCCGACUGCUGCACAGAGCCAAUUUACUCUCUGCUUUGGGGAAGAACAGGAAAUCUCUUCCCCUGCUGCAGAGACGACUGUAUUUCCUCACACUGCCCUGUGAAUUAUAGAGAACCCUGUUUCCAUUGAACAAACAUGUAAACCACCUAUGACUAUGUGCCCAGCAAAGCACAUCUGAGGUCAAUGUGAGUUCAUCUUGAGUUCAACGUCAGUCUGGACUCUGUUGCGAUACAGCACUCACUCCCCAAAGUUGUCGAGCUUUAGCUUGAUUGAAUUCAGGCCUCCAGGAGGCUCAUGCUACAUGAAGACUGGAAAUAUAACACUUCCUUUCUCCUUUUCUCUUUCUCUUCUGGCCAAAUAUAAGGAGAGGCUGAACCUGCUCAUAGAGUUCACUUUGUGGAUGCCUCACUUUGUGAAACGCACACUUUUUCUCUUUUUUUUUAAAGAUUUAAAAGAUGUGUUGUCUCGUUUUGUUACAGACUGUAACUGAAAGGUGCUACUGGGUUGUGUUUUUAGUGCAGAGUGACUCUGUUGUGAAACAUGACUUGUCUGUUUUUGGGUCGUAGCUCUGCUGGAGCUAUGCAGGAAGGGGGCGCUUGUGAUUUUGCUGAGAACAGUGUGAUCAAAUCUCGUUUUAUGAGAGCUCAAACGGUGUCACAGCAAAACGUGGAGUGACCUUGCAGCCAUGUUGUGCCCACAUUACACAUAAGGUCAUCAGUUUCUGGGACUCAAAUGCAAAAUGGUAGGCAGAUGUUCAUCUUGUUUCCUGCGAGCUGUCCUCAGUGGCUAAGUUCAGAGUGCACGACUGAAGGCGCACCGAAGCUGUUAGCAUCGAUCAGAGUGAUGUUUUGGUUUUAUUACACAGUGGUAGCCAUCGUAGCAAUCCCUAAUCAUGACUGCCUUCUGUCUGUUACAAAUGCAGUGUUUGUUUGUCAGAUUUUAUUUAAAAGAGCUUCUGUUUUUGUUGCUCAGACUCCAGCUAACCCGACCAUUCCUCACAUACAGUGACUGACAGAAACAGAGAAAUUAAUCUCCGACGUGCAGCAGCAGCUGUCUGUCGCACGUGAAGUCAGAUUGCUAGGAUGGCUGCAGCUGUAGGUACUUUGUCUGCUUGUUCCUCUUGUCUUCAGCGGGGAGAUUAUCCAUGUUUCUGACCGCAUUCAAACACGACUUAUUAACAGCAACCUUCCACACACAAACUGUGGGCGUUGGCUUCCCGCCUCCUAAACCACCAAACUGUAAGGGACUGAACACAGACUUCCAUGGAGGCGGUCCAGACAACCAAAUGUGCUCCGUUUCUGGUUUCAGUGUUGUAGUCUUUCAUUGGCCAUUCAGAGUUUCCUGGUUAAAUCACACAGCCAAUCGCAGCCUCUGGUCAAAGCCAAGCACUAUAUGACUCAUCACAAACCACUGACAGAGGAGCUCAUUCAGCACGUCUUCUGUCUGCACACUAGUAGGGUCCAUCAUGUUUGCAGACUGUAAAGGCUACUGUUGUGUAUAGUUACAAAGACGUUCUUUCAAAUGUUCUGAAGAUGUUGGGAAAUGGAUCCUGGAUUUUAAGGGGUGGGGUCAAUGCACAAUGAACAUAUCCCAUGUCACCGUUUGGUCUGAAUCCCUUUACCAUCCCCAUAUGAGAUAAUAUGUUGUAUCUUUCAAAAAUAUUUUAUCUGUGGCGUGUGUGUGUGUGUAUAUAUAUAUAUAUAUGGUUUGUUAUAUAUGAUGCUCCUCCUUUCAGAAAAAUAUAACAUGUAAACAGGAAAAACAUAUUGCUGUUUUUUUCCUUUGUAUUUUAUACUUACAGAAAGCAUUGAAUAAAAAUGGAUAAAUACUUGCACUUUAGAUAUAUUAAGAAAAAUAAAAAUCUGCAUAUUAUUUUUGAUAGGGAUCUCACAUUUAAAGAGUAUAAAUUACAGGCUUUGUGACUAUUGCUGGACAGAGAUGUAUUGAGUUCUACUUAUUGAAGUAUAUUUUGUCUGUGUGUCAGAAGGUUUACUAAAGUAAAUUGCAUGAUAAAGUAGUGCUACACCGAUAUUGUUCUUUUUUUUAGUUGGUAAAAAUGUCUGAAAACUGUGAUAACAAACCCUCUUGUAUCAUGUUUAACUUCUCACCCAUUCUAGAAUAUUUCUUACUGAAAUAUGGCCUUUCCUGACUACAUGACGAUGGUGCUUACUUUGGCUUUGACAUCAAGCUCAUCCUAGACAUCUCAACGACAUCAUCAUAACUCACGUCCUUACACUCCAUUACUUUCUGUUAUGUACUCUCACUACCUUAUUAAAUUUCCGUUGAUGGCAAAAAAAGACAAAAAAGGUGUGCUGUUUUGUACAUUGCUGUUUGUUUUAAUGUUGGGGGAGCCUUGUUGUCUGAAAAAUGACUAAUCGCGCAAUAAAAUGUCAUUCCACAUG